CGCGAGGCCCCUCUCCCUCCGGCCUCCGGUGCUCUUCACAGUCCCACCCCCAUCCACGACAAAGACUUGACCCCGUGGCGAAUUGCUAGUGCUCGAGCACAUCAGCGCAUGAUCCGUGACAAAUCACCCGCCAUUCUAGCUAGGUAUGGUAGGUCAACUGCUCGGAUCCACCGCACAGCCAAAAGGGAUCAUCAAAACUCCCAAGAAUCAUCUCGCCGCCCAAUUUCACUUCCACCCACCAUGUCCAUGUCCAUGUCCGUGCAGAUCCCCGUGGAUGGUCCUGUCUCCCCGCCACCUCCGGGCGCCGCCUGCGGCGACGUGGCGGCCGAGGACGGAGCGCCGCCGGCCCCGGCCAGUGCCAGGCCCAUGCCCGUGCUUAUCUCGCCCAUCGUCGCCGUCCCCGCCGACGGCGCCGCCCCGGCUGCUUCUGCUGCUGCCGCGGCGCUGCCGCCGGCGUACACCGGCGUGCUGUACACGCACCACCACCACAAGUGGCCCGUGGUGGUCGACGACCCCGGCAAGAAGCGGGAGAAGUGGCUCAAGGAGAUGCGCGGCUGGCUCAUGGUGAUCGCCGUACUCGCCGCCUCCGUCACCUACCAGGCGGGGCUCAACCCGCCCGGCGGCUUCUGGCAGCAGGACGACCCCGAGGGCAACGUCGCCGGCACGCCCGUGCUCCAGUCAAAGUUCCCCAAGCGGUACACCGUGUUCUUCUACUUCAACUCGACGGCGUUCGUGACGUCGGUGGUCAUCAUCGUCCUGCUCAUGAACGAGUCCUUCUACCACUCGGAGGCCAAGGUGGAGGCGCUGGAGAUCAUCGUGGUGCUCGACAUGGCGGGGCUCAUGGGCGCCUACAUCGCCGGCUGCACCCGCGAGGUCUCCUCGUCCAUCUACAUCAUCGUCCUCACCGUCGUCGUCUUCCUCUACGUCGUUUACACGGCGCAGCUCCUGCCCAAGCUCUGGGGCCUCGUCGUGCACGUGCCCUUCGUCCACAAGGCGGCCCAGGGCGGCGCGCUGCCCGUGCCGCACGACAUCCUCGACACGGCCAGGCCACGGGCGGACAUCGGCCGGACCAAGUCGGCGCCGCCGCGGUCUGUAGGAUUGGUCGUCGGAGCAGACGAGUGACGGACGAUCGUGAAUAAAUUUCUUACAACUUCGGCAGACUUUAGCUGGAUCCCAUUCUCUAGAUGUAUCAAGAUUAUUUUUGCUCGCUGGCUUGGUCCAGUCCAGUGGCUUGGUGCGGUCCUGUGUACUCUUUGCAUUCAUUUCUGUUCGACGUCUUAAAAUCCACGCCGCCAGACAUCAUUAACA